CCCGAGGGGCUGCGGCGCCUGCACCGCGCCGGCGCCCAGAUCGCCAUCAUGACCUUCAAAGAUUACUUCUACUGCUGGAACACGUUUGUGGAGAACAGGGAAAAGACAUUCAAAGCGUGGGAGGGACUUCAUGAAAACGCCGUCCAUCUGUCCAGAAAACUUCGACGGAUCCUCCUGCCCCUCUAUGAGGUAGAUGAUUUACGAGACGCCUUUAGAACGCUGGGACUUUGA